AGCGAAGGAUCUCCAGGUAAACAAGGCCCGCUUGGACAAAUAGGACCACAAGGACCACAAGGACCACAAGGGAACAAUGGAUCAAAAGGAGAAAAGGGCGAAUCACCACAAGUCCGUAAAUCUGCGUUUACUGCAGUACGCACCACUCACGUACUCUCUUCAGAAUCGAUCAUUCUGUUCACGUCAAUGGAGAUUAAUGUCGGAGAAGACUUCGAUAAGAAUACCGGAAAGUUUACAUGUAGAAUUUCAGGUUUCUAUUAUUUCAUGUUUAGUUUAUUGUCGCAAAGUGGUUAUGAUCUGUAUGUUACAAUGAAGUUAAAUGGGCGAGUUAUCACAACCGUUCGUCGUAGUACCACUAGUGGUUAUGAUCAGUUAAGUUCUGGAGCAACAGUUCAACUGAAUGUCGGCGAUGAAGUCUGGCUGACGAACGAAGGUAAACACGUCUAUGGUCAUUCUGGCUACCCUCUUACCUUUACUGGAUUUAUGGUAUACGGUAUGAACUAAUAAAUGAUGUACUUUGCAUUUUUGAUGAUUGUAGAUAUGCAAGUAUAGUUCUGUAGAUUUGUUCGGAGAGAGUCUUGAUUGAUUACAAAUAAUAAUAAUAAUAAUAAUGAUAAUAAUAAAAAUUAAUAAUAAUAAUAAUAAUAAUAUUGAUAGGCCUAAUUAUAAUAAUAACAAUAAUAAUAAUUAUAAUAACAAUAACAACAAUAAUAAUAAUAACAAUAACAAUAACAAUAUGUGACACUUAUUAUAAAGUGCUAAAUGCCGGCAAGCCGACUCAAGAGUGCAUACAGUCAAUCAUAUUAAACAAUACCAUACAGCCAAGAAAAUCCAUUUUAUGCAGCCACAUCCCUUAAAAAAUGUCUGCUAUUAUGAAG